AUACCUGAGAACAACCGAUCAACCAACCAUAUCAUCAGACACAUGUAAUUAAAUCCAUGUUAAACAUCGCUUUAGUUUCAAUCCGCAUAGCGCUUUCAAGUAAGAGGUCCUUUUCGCAAGAUGCUGAUCAUUUUUUCGAUAUAAAAAGAAGCUUUCAUAGUGGAGAAUAAAGAAUUUGAAUCUGAAAAGGAAAUGCAGACAGGCUUGGAAUAAAGAAGUGUGUGGAAACCUUUGAAGACGGACACGCAGGCAAGUAAGUAUACACUGACCUGCUUGGAUAGUAAUGGAUAUUCACUGAUUGCAGCCAAUUGUAAGGAGGACAUGUCCAUAUCAGUUAUUUUCGUCGCCCAAAGUGCGAUUUUGGAAUACGCUUUUGGGACUAAGCAGCGAUUUAUAAUUUAAAAUCAAAAGGAAAGCACAUAAUUCAUUUAUCCAGGCCAGGAGAACAAGCAAAAAUCCUUACAGAGAAGAAGGAAAUGGCGACAGGUUUGCGCUGAAGAGCAGCGGUUUGAUAAUGGCGGUUAUCUUCAGAGCGACGAGUUCAUUGACGACCGUCAGAUCGGAAUCCACGGGCACUGGCAACGAUUCACAGACUUCGAAGCCACCGCCGGCGGCGAGGCCACUGCUCUCGCUCUCCAAGCCGACUUGGAUUGUCAGAACUGAGGGAGGACAAAUUGUGUGGAAUUGGCAAUGCUCCCAAAGGGAGAGUGGCCGAAAUGGUGCAGGAGCUGUGGUGGGAGCGGACUCGGCUACUGCAGCCGGUGCCAAGGCACGGGAGAAUAUCGAUAUCUAAUAGGAUUCAGG